AUGAACUCGCCACAUGUGAACCCAAUGUUUCACGUGACCAACCCCAUGUACACCUAUCGGGUACCACCAUUACAUUCCAAUCCACCUGCACCGUAUCAUAUGGAGUCUAAUUCUAUCCGACUGCGCAGCAUGCCCUUACAACAGCAACAACAACCACAGCCACCACCCACAGAAACUUGUGCAGUCACUGUAAACACUCCAAUUCACCGCAGAGGAAGAAAAUCAACUGUACCACCUGAACAACGUGAACAAAUUCGUCGGCUUAAAAAGCAAAACAUGGAACGUCGACGACGUGCGUGCAUUUCUGACAAGAUGAACGCGUUGCAUUCUAUGGCCAUGUCCGUUGUUGGAAUCGAUGCCGCGGUCCAACAGAAAGUGGAAAAAGCCGAUAUUCUGGGCAUUUGUUACACCGUUUUGGAAGGUAUAGCAAAACUGGCGAACGAACGACCAGAAUUACGUUCGCAACUCCACGGACUACGAUCCUAUUUGCAAGAACACCAUGCACAAACCACAACAGUCAGAUCUGUGGAUGAACAUUCUCAGAGUAGCGCGUGUUCCGAGGAAGUGGAACACCUUCUCGGAGUGGAUUCACCUCUGAUCGUUGAUACCGCAUACGAGGAUAAAGAAAAUAGACCCGUUAAAUCGCCAUCGAACGUGGGCAAAACUUCGGCCAGUCAGUUCGACCCACAUCCGACUUCCUCCAAGUGGCACUCAACCCCAUCCAAUCAGUGGGCUGCAUCGGCCACCUGUCAAGACAGUGGCUACUCAAGCUCAAUCGGACCGGGAAGCAGUACAUCCGCAGUGAAAUUGGCCAGGGUUCGAAGUCCGUCGGUCAUGCAAGAGUGGCCUAAGUCGAUCGAACUACUCAGCGCGAGUGAAUCACCAAUCCGAUUGGGCAAACGAUCAGCGUUCCGAGUAAUCAAACGUGACGGGGAACGAGAAGGAGCCGCCGCUGCGUCCACAGUAUGGCGACCUUACUUGGAUGAUUGA